GGAAGCAGCGCCACAGUCGUCUCCUGACCUCUCUCCCCGCCUCCUAGAUCUGCCGGCCGCCUCCAUGUCUGCCUCGGCUGUCUUCAUCCUCGACGUCAAGGGCAAGCCCCUGAUCAGCCGCAACUACAAGGGCGAUGUGGCUAUGAGUGAGAUAGAGCACUUCAUGCCUCUGCUCAUGCAGCGGGAGGAAGAGGGCGCCCUGGCGCCGCUGCUGAGCCACGGUCGGGUCCACUUCCUGUGGAUCAAACACAGCAAUCUCUACUUGGUGGCCACCACGUUGAAGAAUGCCAAUGCCUCACUCGUGUACUCCUUCCUCUACAAGACAGUGGAGGUAUUCUCCGAAUACUUCAAGGAGCUGGAGGAGGAGAGCAUCCGGGACAACUUUGUCAUUGUCUAUGAGCUGCUAGACGAGCUCAUGGACUUCGGCUUCCCCCAGACCACCGACAGCAAGAUUCUGCAGGAGUACAUCACGCAGCAGGGCAACAAGCUGGAGACAGGUAAGUCGCGGGUGCCGCCCACUGUCACCAAUGCUGUGUCCUGGCGCUCUGAGGGCAUCAAGUAUAAGAAGAAUGAGGUCUUCAUUGAUGUCAUAGAGUCUGUCAACCUACUGGUGAGCCCCAAAAUUUCCACCCCACCCCUACCACGGCCUAGGGGCAGGAUAGGGGAUCCUCUGCCAGUUGACCCCCCAUGUUUGCAUCCUCAGGUCAAUGCCAAUGGCAGCGUCCUGCUGAGCGAGAUUGUGGGCACCAUCAAGCUCAAGGUGUUUCUGUCCGGAAUGCCGGAGCUGCGGCUUGGCCUCAAUGACCGUGUGCUCUUCGAGCUCACUGGCCGGAGCAAGAACAAGUCUGUGGAACUGGAGGAUGUGAAAUUUCACCAGUGUGUGCGGCUCUCUCGUUUCGACAAUGAUCGCACCAUUUCCUUCAUCCCACCUGAUGGCGACUUUGAGCUUAUGUCCUACCGCCUCAGCACCCAGGUCAAGCCGCUGAUCUGGAUUGAGUCUGUCAUUGAGAAGUUCUCCCACAGCCGUGUGGAGAUCAUGGUCAAGGCCAAGGGGCAGUUUAAGAAGCAGUCGGUGGCCAACGGCGUGGAGAUAUCUGUGCCGGUACCCAGUGAUGCUGACUCCCCACGCUUCAAGACCAGUGUGGGCAGUGCCAAGUAUGUGCCUGAGAAGAACAUUGUGAUUUGGAGUAUAAAGUCUUUCCCGGGGGGCAAGGAGUACCUGAUGCGCGCCCACUUUGGCCUCCCCAGCGUGGAGAAGGAGGAGGAGGAAGGCCGGCCACCCAUUGGGGUCAAGUUUGAGAUCCCCUAUUUCACCGUCUCUGGGAUUCAGGUCCGAUAUAUGAAAAUCAUCGAGAAAAGUGGUUACCAGGCCCUGCCCUGGGUCCGCUACAUCACCCAGAGUGGUGAUUAUCAACUUCGUACCAGCUAGAAGGGAGAAGAGGUGGGGGUUUGAACAUGGGCCUCCCUCCCUUAGGUCCUUGGCUGCAGACUUUAGAGAGAGGGAGGGAAUGUGGGGAGUGUGUUGUGUGAGCAGGCCCUGUUGGCUUAGCAGUUUUUUACUUGUGGCUCCCAGCACCUGGCCCCCUCCCUGCCUUGUCCUCUACCCAUAGGCUGGGAGGGAUGGUCUCCCUGCUUCCCUCUGCCUCCUGACUCCCCACUUCCACUUUUAUAUGAAGAAAGAGAGGAGGGACUUGAAAGCCCCCUCAUGAGUGCCUUCUUGCAGUGACUUGCCUUAGCGGGUAUCAGAGCCCCUUUUCCUUCACAGCUGCUGAGCCCAGAGGCCCCCCUGGCCUAAUCCUCUAUGUUUUAGGAUGGCAUUAAAAAGAUGAAUUUA